GGAUUAGAUUAGCUGAGUGGCAAGAAGCUCAACUCUCUCACUCUGCAACCAGGCAACAAUGGCGGAUGGAACAGAAGAAGAGGAAUACCUGGAUGUCCUCACCGCCAAUGGCGAGAGAACCGGCCAAUCUCUACUUAGGAGUCUCAUUCAUAAAGAUGGGCAUUAUCAUCGAGCUGUUCAUGUCUGGAUUUUCGCGGAGAGUACUCAAGAAUUGCUUCUACAAAAGCGAGCUGAUUGUAAGGAUUCAUGGCCUGGUUUAUGGGAUAUUUCAAGUGCAGGGCAUAUAUCAGCAGGGGAUUCAUCUCUCUUAAGUGCUAGGAGGGAGCUUCAUGAAGAACUGGGUCUGGCCUUACCGGAGGAUGCAUUUGAGCUGCUUUUUGUUUUUCUUCAAGAAUGUGUUAUAAACGAUGGCAACUAUAUUAACAAUGAGUUUAAUGAUGUAUACAUUGUUACAACUCUUGCUCCAAUUCCUCUGGAAGCCUUUACUCUUCAGGAAGCAGAAGUUUCAGCUGUUAAGUAUAUUCCUUGGAUGGAAUAUAAGAGCUUACUUGCUAAGGAAAAUCAAGAUUAUGUCCCUUACGACAUCACUGGACAAUAUGGUCAAUUAUUUAACAUUAUUGAGAUGAGGUACAAGGAGAAUAAAGAGGUGCGGAGUUUUGAUCUCCAAAAGAAACUUGCUCGUUAUGCUCCUGUUACUUUUGAUGUUGAGGAGACUGGGCUUUCUCAAGGAGACAUGGAGGCUUUAGUGUCUGUUAUUAGAGCUGCUAGAAUCAUGGAUGAUAUCUUCUACGAACAGGUAUGGCAUAGUAAUCCUGUGUUACGAGCAUGGUUGAAAGCACAUUCAGAUGAUUCUUACCUAGACAGGUUAAAAUGGGAAUAUUAUCAUAUCAAUGGGAGUCCAUGGUCAUCACUUGAUGAAAAUAAGGCAUUCUUGACGACCGCAGAUUCUGCUGUAAAGUUGCUAAAGGAAGCCACAAAGGUUGUACCUGGUUGGAAAGGACUAGAAUAUAAAGCAGCUUUUCCUAUAGUACAGCCCCCUGGAGCUAAUUUUUAUCCUUCAGACAUGGACAAAAAGGAAUUUGAAUCGUGGAAGAGAAGUUUGCCAGAGGAUCAACAGCAAGCUGCAGUAGGGUUUUUCAGUGUCAUUCGCAGGGCUUUGAAAUCCAUUUUGGAUACAUCAUUGAGUGUGGUAUCUUCUGCUGACAACCAGAUUGGAAAAACUGAGCUUUUCAAACCUGAUGAUCUCUCUAUUGUUCCUUUCUCUGAAGAAUAUAGACCUUUUCUUACAACGGCUUCUGAAUUGCUGCUUGAAGCAGGAGACCUAGCAGAUACUCCAAGUUUGAAGAAACUUCUGAAAUCCAAAGCAGGGUCUUUCCUUUCAAAUGAUUAUUAUGAUUCAGACAUUGCUUGGAUGGGACUGGAAUCCAAACUGGAUGUUACCAUCGGUCCAUAUGAAACAUAUGAAGAUAUGCUCUUUGGAUACAAAGCAACUUUUGAAGCAUAUGUGGGAAUUCGGGAUGAUGUAGCAACCUCCCAAGUAAAACUCUUUGGUGAUCAUUUGCAGGUUUUGGAAGACAAUCUUCCAUUAGACGACACUUACAAGUCAAAAGACGUGAGUGCUGCUCCAAUACGAGUUAUCCAGCUCAUUUAUAAUGCUGGGGAUGUUAAGGGUCCACAAACGGUUGCUUUCAAUCUGCCAAAUGAUGAGAGAAUAGUUAAGGAGCGAGGAACAUCAAUGGUCAUGCUCAAGAAUGUCUCAGAAGCCAAGUUUAAGCAUAUUCUUCAGCCCAUAUCUGAAAUAUGCAUCAGAGAAGAUCAGAAGCAAUAUGUUGAUUUUGAGUCCUUCUUUACUCACACAAUCUGUCACGAGUGCUGCCAUGGGAUUGGACCUCAUACCAUAACACUUCCCAGUGGCCAACAGUCAACUGUGAGAUUGGAACUUCAAGAGCUUCACUCAGCCUUAGAAGAAGCAAAAGCAGAUAUUGUUGGGCUUUGGGCGCUUAAAUUCCUUGUCAAUCAGGGACUGCUGCCAAAAAGCCUAUCCAUGUCUAUGUAUGUCUCAUUCCUUGCUGGCUGCUUCCGUUCUGUACGCUUUGGGCUAGAAGAAGCACAUGGGAAAGGGCAAGCUCUGCAAUUUAAUUGGAUUUUUGAAAAAGGAGGCUUUAUUUUAGACUCAACUGGAACAUUUUCGGUUAAUUUUUCAGAGGUCGAAGGUGCAGUCGAGAGCCUGAGUCGAGAAAUAAUGACAAUACAAGCUAAAGGUGAUAAAGCUGCUGCAGGUUCACUUCUUAACAUGUAUGCUACAAUGACACAACCAUUGAGCCAUGCUUUGCAAGAACUAGAAAAGAUUCAGGUACCAGUGGAUAUUGCUCCUAGGUUUGACCUUGCAGAAAAGAUAUUGCAGGGAAAGCUUUAGAGAAGUAUGCUCAUGACUCUGCCCACUGAGCGUUUAGGGCCCAGGUCAUUGUGGACGUUUGGAUUCUGGAUCGAAUUACAAGGGCAGACCCACAGGAGGAGGAACUUGAGCCUUGCAGUUUGCUGAGUAGGCCCUCGUAUACGCCUUUCAGUGGGAAAAGUAGGAGUUGAUUUUAAAUGGCAAGAGGCAGGUGCAUUACACAAUUCCAAUUAUUGUGAUUACAAUCACAAAAGGGUAUAAAGUAUAAACCUUAUUACUAGAAAAUAAAAUUUCUAAAAUUUGAUUGUUAAGAACGAGGUUUCGAAAGAACGUUAUGGGAGCACUUAGG